AUGUGUUACAGUUCAGGUUCUAUAAAUGCAGAGGCUCAAAGGGGAGGCUCUGACUAUGGGAGCUACCAGAAAGCACUCUGGACUGGGCCCUGUUUUGAGAGUAACUUCCAAGUCUGCAGACAAAAGGAGAAGAUGAAGGAAGAUUGUCCCCCCGGUUCUCAUGUGCCCAUCAGCGACAGCAAGUCCAUUCUGAAGUCAGAGCUCUUAAGCCUGCUGAAAACCUACAACUGCUACCAUGAGGGCAGAAGCUUUCAGCUGAGACACAGAGAGGAAGAAGGGGCUCUGAUCAUCGAGGGGCUCCUCAACAUCUCCUGGGGACUGAAGCGGCCCAUCCGGCUCCAGAUACAGGAUGACAGGGAGCGCGUGCACCUCUCCUGGACAACCGGACAGUCCAGCUGCCAUUCGAAGGAGCUACCUGUUCAAGAUGGCAGAGUCACUGCCCAGGAACCCAGCGCUCAGGCUGGGCCCCGGGAGGAGAGUUCCAGAGACAGCUCAGAGCCAGUGGAGGAGGAGGAGGAGACCCCACAGCUGAUGCGGACCAAGAGUGAUGCAGCCUGUGUGAUCCAGAGGCGGCCCAGGAGCCGAGCGCCCGGUGAGGCCCAGAGGAUCCGGCGACACCGCUUCUCCAUCAAUGGGCACUUUUACAACCACAAGACCUCCGUGUUCACUCCUGCCUAUGGGUCCAUGACCAACGUGAGAGUCAACAGCACCAUGACGACCCUGCAGGUGCUCACUCUGCUGCUGAACAAGUUCCGCGUGGAAAAUGGCCCCAGUGAGUUUGCACUCUACAUCGUUCAUGAGUCUGGGGAGCGGACAAAAUUAAAAGACUGUGAGUACCCACUGAUUUCCAGAAUCCUACAUGGGCCCUGUGAGAAGAUCGCCAGGAUAUUCCUGAUGGAAGCUGACUUGGGCGAGGAGGUCCCCCACGAUGUCGCUCAGUACAUUAAGUUUGAAAUGCCGGUGCUGGACAGUUUUGUUGAAAAAUUAAAAGAAGAGGAGGAAAGAGAAAUAAUCAAACUGACCAUGAAGUUCCAAGCCCUGCGUCUGACAAUGCUACAGCGCCUGGAGCAGCUGGUGGAGGCCAAGUAG